UAAAAACUCUUUGGGAUCGUCUGAAUGCCUUCCCUCAUUUUAUCCAUUUUUUCAGCCGAAUUUCCGGCUAACAAGGGCGUAACGGAGGUCGAAGGAACUUUCUCCAUCAGGCCCAGGAACGGUCGGUGAAAGUGUUUCACGCCUUUAAUAAUGCUGCAGAUGAAACUCUAGCUCUCGUAAAUUGUAAAUUGCCUACAAUGGACUUCAGAAAUCAAAGAAUCAGCGUUGAAAACGUGCGAAACCUGUGAUUAACCAGCCAGUGAUCAAGAUCUGCUUAGGUCAUCAACUUAUUUACGGUCUCAAUUGUGAUGUACACGUAUGAUGCACAGGAAAAAAAGGGAAAACAAGACGAGGAAGUAAAGCUCGUUGGGCACUGAGAAAGUCGCGUCGCCCGACCGGUAUGAAAUUUUAAUCGGAACGUAACGCUUGAACGAAAGUAUGCUGAUCUUAAGUGACAAGUUGCACGUGUCGAUAAAUAAGGCAAAAAAUUAAUCACGUUACAUAAUAAACGCGAAAAUCUAGUUACCUUUAUACGCGAAGAAAUAAGGUAACUAAUUGCGAUUCUAAAAUUGAAAAGGUUCAAGUAUAUUUGCAAUUCGUGUUUCUCGUCAGAAGUAAGGGGGUGUUAGCAGUUUCGGCAUUAAGGGUGCUCAACAAUGAGAGGCUUUUCAGAAGCGUUUCAGAAAGGAAGUAUAUUCCAAGAUUUUCUUUUGGUUUUAAAUGAGUUUUGAAAAUUUGAACUUGGGUAUAUCAACGUAUUUAAUCUUCAGAAUGAAGAACUGAGAAAUCAGCGCGGCCGACGAGGCUGCGGUCAGUGAAAUUAGCAGUCAUUCCUGUGCAGCGAUAAAACAUUUCAAGCAUUUCAGCGACAUAUUCUGUGCUACGGAUUAAGUCAUUCCACAGAGCAGCAUUGGUGGUGUAAGUGACCGAUUGGUGCCCGAUGACCGUGUCUCCUUUCUCUUGCUGAACGUUUUUCUUCUUAUUUCCCCCCUGGCAGGAGAGGGGUCAGGGCGUACUUAAGCGCAAAGUACAUAUCAUUGCUGAGUAUUCUGAUAUCGGGAAGCAAUUAUCUUCGUUUGUUGUUUCCAGCUAAAUGUCGAUUCGUCCUUGGAUUUACGAAUUAGAAUUCGCUUCACGCCCAUAUGCGGCUUAUGUUGCUUUACUAGUUUAGUAAUGUGUGUUUAACAAUAAUUUCGCCUCCGCGCUUUACGCAUUUCCGGAAAUAAAAUCUUCAUCCGUGACGGUGAACGAUGGAGGAUACGAAGUAGUAGAUAUAACACAGAGAUAUGAGAUGUAUAAUAAAAUAAUCAUGAGCAACACCAAUUAUGAUUAAAGAAGAUAAAGCCAGAGAGGAAGAAGAAAUAGGCGUUAUCUUCCGUGUACGCAAGUGGGUCAUCGAAUUUCGCAUUCGAAGUUCGUCGCUUGCAGGCGCCUCUAAUGCCCCGCCACACCCAUUUUUGUUACCUGUUCUUGUAAAUUUCUAUUUCGUAAUCAUCCUAGAAACAAGAAAUCGUCUACAUAACAUUCUGCUCUCUUACUUUUCUUAUUAUUAUUAUUAUUAUAUGUGUUUCCGACACAUGAAUAUACUUCUUCAUACUUGGAUGUCGACAAAUCUUAGAUGUAUCCGCCGGAAGCCUUUGAUUACAUCGAGUAUCGGUAUCUUGCCGCGCAUCUUAAUUGCAUUAAUGCCGGUGCUUUAACGAGACGUGUAUGGAUGAUAGCAAUGAAAUCUUCUGUCUAUUUAGCUACAGCGCUGGGUGUGAAUAGUGGAAAGCGAGGGAAGAGAUCCAGCAUGGAGAAAGGGUGCGAUUCGCUUUAUGACGAUCCGCGGGCCGAUCUUCCGGAAUAAUAGACAGAUCGAAUUAAUUGCACGGCAUGCUACAUUAUGCAUUCCACCCGUUGCAUGUUUUACAUUUAAUCUCAAUGCGAUCUUGAUUUUACACACCGCGUGCGAGAUAUGUAUGCAUGUGUACGUGUGCAUUAGGGUACAUCUGGCUUUCUUAGAAAUCGUACAACCCUUGUAAUUAUAUUUUCCGGAAUCGCGAAUCUCCAAUCUCGCAAAUUUUACGCCGCACUUGCUUUUUUAAAACUUUUCUUUUCAAUCUUAAUCGUAUAAGAGAUUAAUCUUAAUUGCAAUCGCGACGAGGCGGCUCGUUGCCAGUAAGUAACAGAUACUUUGUGAUCUUUAACGAUUUAAACUCUUAAUUAAUAAAUAACGAGACGUUUUCCCUUCCUCCUGAUAAUUUCACUUAGCAUUUCAGCACUUAGAUUUCCCAUUUAGUAUCAAGAUGAUUUUUGAUAUUGAAAGCUGGAAUACUUUGUUAUAUUCCAUUUGAAGCUCUUUUUUUUUAAAUUUUAAUUAUCUAAGAAAUACUGAUUGGUGUCCAUUACAAAUUGAGAUUAAUGGAUUCAAGCUUUUAGUUUGAAGCGCAACUAUUUAAUUUUAAUAAUAUAUCGUCAGUAAUUUUUAUUUAUGAUUAUUGAAAUCCACUAAUCGAUGUAACCGGAGAUUGUUAAGCACGAUAGGUACGAUAAUAAAUUACAUUUGUCAUUUUACUGCAACCAAUUUCAUGAAAAUAAUUCUUCAAAGCUAUUAAAAAUGCAUCUUAUCCAGGACUUCCAGACAGGUGCAUCCUGCAGAAGGAGUGCGACGGUGCAGUCACAAGAGAUCUCCCACUACCUUGAAGAGGACUGAAUCCACCUCAUCUGGCGAAGGCAACUUUCAGCGGGAUACGCUAUAUAAGAGAGUGACAUGUCGGCCGGCCAAGAUAAAGCACGCGCGUGUAGUUGAUCUCCAACGGUGUUUUACUCGUCCUGUCGAACCGUCCCGCUACCUUCGUCACUGACAGGAUGUACUGGGUCUUCCUGGGGUUGCUGAGCUCCGCCAUCGCGGCGCAGAGUUCUUACGACUUGGAGACCAGAGCGGUCUCAUUUCCCGGCAAGCCGAGCUUAGGACCACUUUACUCGGCCGGCUUGAGUACCGGCCAAGGGUUCCGUGAUAACAGUUACGAGGACAACGCGGUAACGCCCACGCCGUCGCCGUCGCCGAUCUACAGGAAUCCUAAUCAACAGCCACUGUACCGCAAACCGACGGCGCCGAUAGACACUCGGGAUUACUCUCAGACAGCCAUCCGCAUUGGUGCUCCACAACGGGCUCCUGUUCGAGGCCAGCCGCAAUACGGGCCAAAUGGUCCCCCUCAGGAGGAGCUCGAGGAGGAGAAGGAGGAGCCUGAUCGCCUGAGCCUCCUCUUACCCCAAAGCAGAUUCGAUUGCGUCAACAAGCAGACCGGCUAUUACGCUGAUGAAGAUCUGAACUGCGAGGUCUUCCAUUAUUGCCAGGACAACGCCAAGCACUCCUGGAUCUGUCCCGAGGGCUUCACCUUCCACCAGGUGCACCUGAUCUGCAUGCCUCCCAGCGGUGAUAUCAGCUGCAAGAAGAGCUCGCAGUACCAUUUCGUCAACGAGUAUCUGUACAAACCGCUGAACCAGCAGGAGGCCGAGACCAAACCCAACGUUACUCUCAGGUACAGCGAGAGGUACUAUCCCGCUGAUAUCUACGCGGACGAUAAUAGAGACAGCGAUGACUACCAGAUCACGCCUACGCCUGUCGCCCCGGCACGCCGUCCUGCUCCGCAGGUCUUUGUGAGCCCCCAAACCCCAGCUUUUAACAGCAUCCCCGCGUCGGCCCGGCCACAGCCCACAGUACUCCCGCAGAUUCGCUUUCCGGUGAACCAGGUAUUCCGCAGCCCCGAAGAAGUGAACAUCCCCCUCCAGCAAAGGCGACCGCAGUCGCAGCAUCAAGCCUACAAACGAUUUCCUCAGGUCCGGCCCGACGAGGAAGACUACGAGUAGAUUUUUAGAUCCGUCGUAGUGAAUUCUUUCAUUCCUCAUGUAAUUCUUCCAUGAAAUCAUUAAUAAUUUUCAGUACGCACGUCUCUCGAUUUAUAUAACGCUUCUUCUCAAUGUCAAGCAUGAAAAUCUCGGAAUUUGAGAUACAUUUACAUGUUGAAUUAUUAGUGGCUUUCUAAAGAGAGAGAGAGAGAGAGGAACUUAUGAGAAAAUAGAGAGAGAGAAAUCAAUUACUAAAUUUCAUAAAGCAUGCAUUUAUUUCAAGCUAUUAUUAAUGUUUCGCACAUGCGAGUUGCGAAUCCAUCUGUCUUUUCAAGACUAUUUUGUGCUCUAUAAAUUUGUAAAAUUUUUUGGCGAUAAGAAUAAUAAUUAGCAUUAAGAGACGAAAGUCGACAAGCCUUGUGGAAUUAAUGAUGCGCCGACAAUUAGUGUGUCUUUUUCUAAUUAGUUACUGUUUACGUAAGACUAAUUCGCGGCGCAUUUAUAUAUUGUGAAGAUAAUUUAAUUAUUGUAAAUAAACGAUCAAUGAUAAUUAAACGAUACGUUAAGUUUGCCUGUACUUGUAUUGUGCAACUGACGCUAAGGAUUAAUAAAAAAAGGCCGAUAAA